ACCAAAUUAAAUUUAAGCAAAGCAAAGCAAAAGUAGCUCGAUUACUACUAGCUUAGCUAGCUAUAAUUAAAUAUAUAUGGCUUAUUGGUAUAACCUUUCCUUUCUUUGUGUCGUCGUUUCUUUGGUGUUGGGUGGCUUUCAUCAUUCCGCCGCCGGCAGCGGCAACGCCCAAAAUCAGAUCAGAGGUGAUGGUGAGGAUAUUUACAUUGUUCAUGUCAGGCCAUUCCCGGCGGCCGCCGCCAAUGGCCGAAGGUUCUCCACCCUUUACCAUUACCACCAAUCAUUUGUGUUGGAUCUCGUCAGCAGCACUGCAGCCACCGGAGCAGAAUCGCCGCCGUCUCCAGUAAUACUCCACUCCUACCGCCAUGUGAUCUCCGGGUUUGCGGCAAAGCUUACGCCGGAGAUGGUGAGGGAAAUGAGCCGUAAAGAAGGGUUCAUCUCGGCGAAACCGCAGAAAGUGUACCAUUUGCACACCACCCAUUCGCCGGAGUUCUUGGGCCUCGUCCGGCAAGGCGGUGGUGGGUUCUGGCAAAAGUUGGGAAACUAUGGGAAGGGCGUGAUAAUAGGGGUUAUAGACACCGGGAUCACCCCAGCCCAUCCCUCGUUUUCUGACGAAGGCAUGCCGUCUCCUCCGCCGAACUGGAAGGGCAAAUGUGAGUUAACCGGAACGGCGGCGGCGGCAUGCAAUAAGAAACUGAUCGGUGCAAGAAACUACGUGGUCAACGAGUCUUCCGUUGACGAAAAUGGCCACGGCACACACACCGCCAGCACAGCCGCCGGAAGCUUCGUGAAGAAUGCGUCCCUGCUCGGGAACGCCAAAGGAACGGCUUCUGGAAUGGCACCGUACGCCCACGUGGCAAUGUACAAGGUGUGUAGCCGUGCUGGAUGCGGAGACCACGCCAUACUGGCUGGAAUCGACGACGCCGUAGACGACGGCGUUGACGUGCUCUCUAUCUCCCUAGGGUCAAUAGGCCCGAGUCAGCCUUUCUAUGACGAAGUAAUUGAUGCCGCCGCCUUUGCUGCAAUGAGGAAAGGCAUUUUUGUGAGCUCUUCAGCAGGAAACUCCGGACCGGGUCCAAAUACACUCUCAAAUGAGUCUCCCUGGCUUCUCACCGUCGGCGCUAGCACCAUGGAUAGGCGCAUCAAGGCAACCCUAGUUCUUGGAAACAAUGUCAAACUAGACGGCGAAUCAGCUGCGCAAUUCGGCGGGGUCUUACCCACCGGGGCUUCUUUGUCUAUCGUCUACCCCGGUGACGCCUCGUCAUCCAAAACCAACGCAACCGCCGCCGCAUUCUGUGUGUCACUAAAUGGCACUGAUGUCAGGGGAAAGGUGGUGGUGUGUGACCGAGGAGGCGGUGUCGGCAGAGUGGAUAAGGGGAAAAUCGUGAAGGCUGCCGGUGGAGCUGCCAUGGUUCUUGUCAAUGAUAAACCCAAUGCCUACUCACUACUGGCUGAUGCUCAUGUGCUUCCUGCUACUGAGUUGAGUUACAAUGAUGGGUUGAAGGUGAAAGCCUAUAUAAAUUCCACCUCAUCGCCUACGGCCACCAUUGCGUUCAAAGGCACUAUUAUAGGGGAGAAAGAUGCACCGGCCGUGGCAUCUUUCUCCUCCCGCGGGCCUAACAUUGCUAGUCCUGGAAUCCUAAAGCCAGACAUUAUCGGACCCGGGGUCAACAUUCUUGCUGCAUGGCCCGAUUCGGUGAUUGAUGAAAACGAGAUUAGGGCGACGAAUGGCAGUUCGAAAACACCAAAGUUUAACAUGAUUUCUGGCACUUCAAUGUCGUGUCCGCACCUUAGUGGGAUUGCAGCUUUACUCAAGAGCGCACACCCGACUUGGUCACCCGCGGCAAUCAAAUCGGCUAUCAUGACCACAGCCUAUCAGGAUAACCUCAACCGUAGUAUGAUCGCCGAUGAAACAUUGAAUCCUGCAGAUAUCUUUGCCACAGGUGCAGGUCACGUGGACCCGGGAAGAGCGAUCAAUCCCGGGUUAGUCUAUGACUUGCAACCUAACGAUUACAUCCCUUACCUUUGCGGUCUUAACUACACCGAUAAUCAAGUUCAAGUGAUUGUGAACAUGAAUGUUAGUUGUUCACAUUUUAGCCGCAUACCCGAGGCACAGCUGAACUACCCGUCCUUCGCUAUCCAGCUCGGGAAAACGAAGUCCUUAACAUAUUCCAGGACAGUUACCAACGUUGGGGAAGCAAACUCGGAGUACACGGCUAAAAUCACCGCAAUCCGGGGAGUUGAUGUUUUGGUUAAGCCACAAACUCUUGUCUUUCGUGAGGUGAACCAGAAACUAUCUUACAAUAUUACCUUUUCCCAAACAUCUAAAGGGUUCAAUAAUGAGAACCAGGUUCAAGGGGCAAUUUCUUGGAUCUCUAAGAAGAACAUUGUUAGAAGUCCCAUUGUUGUUUCACUAUUGGGAUUGACUAGUAUGGUCAAUGAAGACGUGGGGGCAUUGGAAGUGGAGUGAUUAAUUUCCCUUAAUUGGCGAACUGUUUUCCUAGUUUGCCUACGUUGUACUACUCUCUUUUAUAUUGUUCCAUGACAAUAAAACUAAUUAAGCGGA